CUUCUCCUACUCUUUCCUCCUCUUUGCUUCAGCACCCCCGGCAUUAAUACCCCUUCGCGAGUGUAUCCUCAAUGUCGCACGGUCACGGGAUACCAAAGCACCGUCAGCUUCCCGACAAGGAGGCAAAGCUCUUCAAGGAGCUCCUCACAUACUAUGAGCUCAAGCAGUACAAAAAGGGCCUCAAGGCCGCCGACACCAUCCUGAAGAAGCUUCCCAACCAUGGAGAAACCAUCGCCCUCAAGGCGCUGACCCUCCACUCGUCGCUCCCCUUCCCCGCCACGGCUGCGUCGCAGCCCAAGGCUGAGGAGGCCGAGGAAAUGGCCCGCACUGCUGUUAGGAAGGACAUUACCAGCCACAUCACAUGGCACGUCCUCGGCAUCUUGGCCAAGACGCGCCGGGACUGGACCGAGGCGAGCAAGGCGUUCGUCAUGGCCCGCAAGCAGGACCCGGACAACAUCCCCGUCCUCCGCGACGCCAUUGCCCUGUCGACUCACACGCGCAACUACAAGCAGGCUUUGGAAGCUCGGCACCACUACCUGCUUCUCCGACCGCAGAUCCGCUCUUCGUGGCUCGGCCUCAUGGUCAGCCACGAGCUCGUCGGCGACUACGACGAGGCGAUCCGGGUGUACGACAGCCUGCAGGACACGCUGAAGAAGGACGGCGCGACGGGACCGGAGCAGGCUCAGACCCUCCUGCAUGUCAUCCGGGUGUCCAUCCAGGCUGGCAAGUUCCAGGACGCCAAGGACCGCCUCGAGAAGGGCCUCCAUGACGGUGUUAUCAGCCCCCGUGGUGAGGCUGCCGAGAUCAAGGCCCAGCUCCUUGUCGAGCUCGGCCGCCAGGAGGAGGCCGAGGACGCGUACCGUGCUCUCCUGGAGCAGAACCCGGACAACCUCGCCUACUACGGUGGAUUCCUUCGCAACCGUGGCCUUGACAUCUCUCAGAAGCUUGAUGACGAGGCGAUCGCCAAGGUGCUCAAGAGCCUCGACGCCUUUGCCGAGACGUACCCUCGCUCCACUGCUCCUCGCCGCCUUGCCCUUGACGUCGCCACCGGCGCCGGGUUCAGCAAGCGUGCGCGCGAGUACCUUGUCCGUGGCCUCGAGCGUGGUGUCCCCUCGCUCUUUGUCGACGUCAAGGGCGUGUACGGUGACCAGGCCAAGCUUGCCGCCGUCGGCGAGAUCAUUGCCGACAUUGUCGACAAGGUCAAGGCCGAUGCGUCGCUCCACGGCGAUGACACUGUCCCUCCGCCGACCACGCUCCUCUGGGCUCACUACUUCCAGGCCCUCCACGUUGUCCACCCUCUCAACCUGAACCCCGACCAUGCCCGUGCUCUCCAGCUUCUUGACUUUGCUCUUGAGCACACGCCCACCCUCCCCGAGAUCUACAUGGCCAAGGCGCUCGUGUACAAGCGCGCUGGUGAUGUGCAGCUGGCGGCCGAGACGAUGGAGGAGGCGCGCCUCCUUGAUGGCCAGGACCGCUUCCUCAACGGCAAGGCUGCCAAGUACUGGCUCCGCGCUGGUCACAUCCAAAAAGCCGAGGAGCUCCUCGCGCUGUUCACCAAGAAGGACGUUGGUGCCGUCCAGGACCUGACGGACAUGCAGAGCCUGUGGUUCUUGCAAGAGGAGGGUGACGCCCACAAGCGUAACGGCAAGCUUGGCUUUGCGCUCAAGCGCUACCAGUCGCUCGUGACCGUGUUCCAGGAGUACGAGGACGACCAGUACGACUUCCACUCGUACUGCAUGCGCCGCAUGACGCUUAACGCGUACAUCUCGCUUCUGAAGUACGAGGACCAGCUCCGCACCCACCCUGCGUUCUUCAACACGGCCCUGUCGGCCAUUGACAUCUACGUCAAGAUUGCCGACGACCCCAGCUUGACAGUUGAGAAGCUCACUCCCGAGCAGGAGGCCGAGCGCAAGAAGGCGGCGAAGAAGGCGCAGAAGGCCGAGCAGAAGGCCAAGAAGGCGGCCGCGGCCGCUGGCGACGGCAAGAAGGAGGACGCGCCUGUACCUGAUGCGGACCCGCGCGGCGACGUCUUGCUAAAGACCGAGACUCCCAUCGCGGACGCGCUCAAGCUGUGGGCCCCUCUGGAGAAGCACCACGCUGGGCGUGCCGAGACGUGGCUUGCGGGUUACGAGCUGCACGUCAGGCAAAAGCAGUACGUCCUCGCGCUGCGGGACCUGCGCGAGGCUGCCGCGAUUGACAAGGAGGCUGCUGGCCUCCUCCCUGCGCUCGUGCACUUCCGCCAGACCAUCGCAGCGGCGAAUGACGUCUCCGAGCCCGUCCGUGCGGCCAUUGCCGAGGUCCUCCCCACUCUCAUCUCAGACAAGCCUGCGGCUGAGCUCGUCGCGGUGUCGCUUGCCGCGUACCCCGCCUCCCCUGCCCACAUCCUCGCGGCUGGCAAGGCGCUCCAGGUGUCUGGCGCGCCCGCCUCGGAGGUCCGCAGCGUCCUCGCCGGCCUCGCUGCCGCCGGCACACCACCAUCCGUGGCUACCAUGCAGGCGGCCGUGGCUCUCCUCGGCGCCAGCACACCCGAGGGUGACGCUCUCCGCGCCGACUUCCGCAAGAGGUUACCCCUUGCGUGGGCAUUCGCGACCGCCGACGAGAUCGACGCACGCGCCAAGGCCACCGCUGCCGCUGCCGAGCCCGUGGCCGCCACCGUCAAGGCCGACGUCUAGACACGUAAGAGAUAGCUAGAUACAUCUGUUGUAGGG